AUGACAAUUAUCCGCCAGCACCUUCUUCAAGUCCGCACAAUCUUCACAUCCCUGCUCUCCGUGGCAGCUGCCCUGCCCUCCUUAGCCGCGCGGGAGCACGAGACGCAUGACCUCGAGACGAGAGACACGAGGAUUCUGGACCUCACCGUCGAGACCUGGCCCACCGAGUCAUACAUAUACAACAACCAGUCCUAUGCUUUCUUCACAGUCACACCCAAGGAUGAUACGCACUACACCUUCGGAUUCUCCAACUCCGACCCUGCCAACACCGGCACCAUCAACGUCUUCGCCGUCACCGCGGAGGGUCUGGAGACCAUUGUCGAGAGGCUGGGCUCGUCCAAGUCGACCUCGCGUGAUGUAAAGAAGACGAACAAGCCUUUUCGCAUCACUAUUGAUAGCAACUACCCAUAA